GUGCAUGUUUUGUUCGUUUACUCGAUCAGAACCGGCAAAAUGGACGAUAUAGCACUUCCAGCAUCUGAUCAUGUUUUAGAAGUGAUUUUUUCUUAUUUAGAUUUGCACACGUUGAGAAAUUGUUCCUUAGUGUGCAAACGAUGGAAUCAAUUUUUAAAUGAUGAGAACAAUGACGCGUGGAGAAUGCACUGUCUCAGAAAAUUAGCCCAAGAAGCGCUUAGUUCCGACUUGUUGUCAUCAGUGCCUACUUACAAAUCGAAACUUCGUGCAUUUUAUCACGCAUGGAAUCCUAAUGACUGUUCUCGUAACAUUUACAUUAAAGACAAUGGAUUCACCCUCCACAGAAACCCAGUUGCUCAAAGUACAGAUGCCUGUAGAGGUAAAAUUGGUUUCCGGCAUGGUCGUCAUGCCUGGGAAGUUAUUUGGGAAGGACCUUUGGGUACAGUAGCUGUUAUAGGCAUAGCUACAAGAGAAGCACCUUUAUUAUGUCAUGGCUAUGUAGCAUUAAUGGGUUCUGAUGAACAUUCAUGGGGUUGGAAUCUAGUAGAUAAUCAUUUGUUACACAAUGGAAAUGUACAAGGAAAUUAUCCUUUGCUUAAUAAUGCUCCAAAAUACCAGGUUGGGGAAAGAAUUAGGGUAAUAUUAGAUUGUGAUGAUAAUACAUUAUCUUUUGAGAAAAAUUAUGAAUUUUUGGGAGUGGCAUUUAGAGGGUUGCCAGACAAAAGAUUAUACCCUUCUGUGUCUGCUGUAUAUGGAAAUACAGAGGUAUCUAUGGUAUAUUUAGGACCACCUUUAGAUGGCUAACACUAUACUUCAUGUAGAAACAUAUCCUCAGAGGCUUAUUCAAGGCUGUAUGAUGAAAUCUCUGUCUAGAGAAUAGUGCAUCAUACUAAAAUGUCUACUAUAAAGUAGAAUUAGCACACUAAUGAACUGCUGUAUGAUACUCUUAAUGAAGGAUGUGUGCCUGUUCAUUCAGUCAAUAACAUUGUAAAUAGUAUUAGCAUCUGAUUUCAACUCAUAAAUCUAUCACAGAG